CCUCUCUCUUCCUCUCAAUCUCCUCUCUCCUACUCCAUCACUCUCUGUCUUCUCUCUUCAUCUCUGUUGCAUUCAUCUUUUUCUCUUAGAUUUUUACUCUCAAAUUCAUGACCACCGUUACCAACAACAAAAAGAACUACUUUUCUUUGUUAACCAAAUGUGUGGAUCGAGGUUUUUGUCUCAGAUCUAUUGUUGCAUGGAUUAUUUCUUCUCAGACCUACUAUUGGAUGGAUUUGUUCUUUCAGAUCUACUUUUCUUUUGAUCUACCUUUCUUUUGGUUGGUGUUUUGCUCUGAGAGCCUUGAGCAACUUGACGAAUACAAAAAAGAUUUCCUUUUCUUUGUUGACAAAAUGUGUUGGAUCGAAAUGUGUUUUUUCAGAUUUCUUCACCCAUCUCACUUCAAAGGUGGACAAGCCUUGGAGUGAAUGGACUCAUGAAGAAAGGAGAAGAGCUCAAUAUGAUUGCAAUGCCAAGAAUAUCAUCACUUCAUCUUUGAGUAUGGAUGAUUUUUUUAGGGUCUCCCAAUGUAAGAAUGCAAAGGAAAUGUGGGAUGUCUUAGAGGUUACACAUGAGGGGACGAAUGAAGUGAAGAGAGCAAGGAAGCAUGCCUUGAUUCAAGAGUAUGAGCUUUUCAAGAUGCAAAAAGGAGAGUCCAUAGUUGAAGUGCAAAAGAGGUUCACUCACAUAGUUAACCAUCUCAUGGUCUAGGCAAAGAAUUUGACAAAGAGGAGCUAAACAUCAAAGUGCUUAAGUGUCUUGAUAGAAAUUGGCAACCAAAAGUGACUGCCAUAUCUUAAUCGAAGGAUUUAUCCAUCAUUACAACAAUUGCACUAUUUGGCAAACUAAGAGAGCAUGAGAUUGAAAUGCAAAGUCUAAGUGAGCUUGAAUCAAGUGAGGAAAAGGUAAAAACCAUAGCCUAGAAGGCUAACUCCAAGAAGAAUGAUGAAACCGAGGAAGAGGUUGCUGAAUCAAGUGAUAAUGAGAACUUGAAUCCACUAGUCAAGAGGUUUGGGAAGUAUCUCAAGAGGAAAGGCAACAAAGGUAAUCAAAGAAGGUACAUUUCUAAACAAAAUAAUUCAAGUAAUUCUUCUAAAUUCUCAUGUUUUUAUUGUGGAAAGCAAGGACAUAUCAAGUUUGAAUGUCCUAAUGUUAACAAAGAGAAUGAGAAGGUUGAUGACAGGAAAAAGGAGAAAAAGGCCAAGGAAAUACAUGCCUACAUAGCUUGGGAGGACAAUGAUGAUUCAACAAGCACUUCAUCUCAAGAAGAAAGUGAGGAAGCAAAUUUAUGCCUUAUGGCCGGAUAUGAAUCAUCUUCAUCAAGCCAAGUAAGUUCCUUGUCAUCUAAGGAUAAAAAUGAUUAUUACCAAUUGUUGCAUGACUUUGAAGAGUUGCAUAGUGAGGCAAACAAAAUUGCUGUCAUGAACAAUCAGCUAAAAGGAUUAAAUAGCUGGCUAGAAAACAGAGUUAGCCAACUAGAAUCAGAAUCAGUUGACUUCAAAACUGAUUUUGAACAUUUGGAAAUGAUUUAUAGUAAUUCAGUCGAUUGUUCUAAAAAAUAGUUGGCUAUAAAACAUUGUGAAAAUUGCACUACUUUGAAAAAUCAAGUGAAAUAUCUUUUGAAAACUUGUGCAAAGUUCACAAGAGGAAAAGCAAGCCUGGAAGUUGUUCUUGGCUCUCAAAAUUGUGUUUUUGGGAAGGCUGGACUUGGUUAUACACCUACCUAUGAAAAGAAAGCCAAGAAGUUCUCUAGUUUCUUUUCCAAGAGUGAGCCAAAUUCUAUGCCAUUUAUUUCUUGCAACUAUUGUAUGAAUAAAAGUCAUGUUCUUGAAAAAUGCUAUGCUAGAAAAUAUGAUGUACCUAAGGGAUUUAUGAAAUGGAUCCCAAAAGGAUUUCGAAAGGCAUAACCAUGUUGGAUCCAACCUAUCGAAGGGUACCAUGCAAUAUUAAUUUGUUUUGUAGUCAUAAAACAUGAAAAGAAAUGCCUAUGGUACCUAGAUAGUGGUUGCUCAAGGC